ACACACACACACACACACACGCACGCACACACACAGACACACCACUGUCAAGCACCAUUUACAACCACUACCCUAGGAGCUACAGAUUAGUCAGAAAUAGAUUGUUAGACGUCUGAGGGGAAAAAGUCAGAAUUCUCAGUUUCAGUCAAAAUUCAGAUAAAAAAGAAAAAAAAAAGAAAAGUCAUGACACCUCUGUACUCGUGUCUACUCUCUCUCUCCCUCGCACACAGACACACACAGUCAUCCACCCUUCGUUAUCGCCCUCAGCUUGCCUCUGAUUUAUAAUUCCAUCAGGGUCCAAGCUCCAGCUUCUUCAUCAUACAACCCCAGGGGUGAUCUACUCUUUAGGAAUUAAACCGCAGCAAAUGGCCUGGAACCUGCCAUCAGUCUACCAGUAGAUCACACAUACACACAUACACACUCUGCACAGCCACUACGUCAAGCAUCAUUUACAUCAUCCCUAAGCUUUAUUUUCUCUCCAGGAGUCCAACUGAGUGCAGUUCAUUUAACAUUUGAAUAUUUUAAGGAGAUGAUGUUUAAAAUAUAUGUGUAAGAAUGCUUCCUGUAUUCCAAAUUAUUCAUAGGCUAAGCUUGAAAGUAUUUGCCUCUCUCCUCCUGAAGAUUGAUGAAUGAGUCUGCUUUCUGCAGAAAGCAAAGUUCCGCUGCGACUGCUUUGAACAAUCUUCCUUUAUGACUCAUUAGUUACUUUGUCAAGAUGUUUGAUGUUGGAAUGAAAAACUGCCUCACUCAACAGUUAUCUAUAUGCAUAUUUAAUACAGAGUAGGUGGAAAUAUUUUGGCAAUGUGUAGUUAGAAGAGCUCAAUAUGCCUGUCCUGCAGCUCUGCAACAUAAUUCUUCCAUCUUGCCAAUAACCCUCUUUUUCCAGACAGCCUGAAGGCAUCCUGUUUCUGUAUGUGCAUGUCUUUAUACCAUCAAACACGGUGUUGUCUUUGAAUUAUUGCAAAAACAUGAUUUAUGGACCCCCCAUGCUAAUCCGAUCUUAUCUGGAGGAAUCUUUCUCUUUCAAGUGUCAAGGGUCUCCCAGUACCCAAUGCACAGUUAUUCUCCUUGCCUGAGAGUUAUUAAAGCUUCAGAUCUCAAAGGUGUGUUAUAAUGGGUCAUGUCGAUCAGGCCACACAGCCUCUUUUGAACCAUGUAGCACAGGCUUUAGGGGGAUAAAAGGUUAUGGAAAGCUCGAGGACCAGGUCUAAUUGCUGAGUAGGAAAUUGAUCGAUUAUGGCAUUUAGCUGGUCUGGUCUUCCUGCACUGGGAGCUCUGUGAAAAUGCCCUGUUCUAACCCUGAGGUUGAAACCACAUAAUGGACAUAGGAUCCCUCAAAAAUCCUAAUGAAAGUAUAAUGAGUGCAUUAAUAUAGUUUAUGUGUUCUUGAUAUAAAGAACUUCCACCACUUCUCUGGCCUUUGGACCAAACAUGGAAGUGAAGCAAUGAAGUAGAGCUAAUGAGCUAAGUUUAUCUCAGUUCAUGGCUUGGUGUCAUUUUCUUAGAGCUGGUCAAAAUGUAGAUGCUCAGAUAAACAUUAUUUUCUAUUUGUUUUCUAAUGUAGACUUUGUAAAUACUUCACUCAGCGUGGAUCCUACACCAAGCCUGGUGUCCUAUCAUGCGAUUUUAAAAGACAAUAAGUCAUUUCAGAAGUCUUUGUUUGCUCAUGCCCCACCUCUUCACCGAGUUUUAUGAAAUUCCGAUGGGUAGUUUUUUGCAUAAUGUUGCUCAUACAAAGGUGCACAGACAUGUAAAUGGUGCUAAAAACACAAAUCAUUUCCUCUUUAGCAGUGGAAUACAAAGUCGAGUAAUAAAAGUCGAGUAUAUGUGGUUUCAUAGUGCCCCUCACAGUCAAAAAUAAGCCGCCGUGCUGUCUAUCACGCCAGUUACAUGUGCCAAAAACAUGUACACUCCAUAGUGAUUUGGUAGUUCACUUGUACAAUUAUUUUGCAGUCUAACUUUAUGAACAGCCACAGAAUAAAAGAAACCAGUGAUUAUGUUUUCAACAUUUGUUUCUUAAUCUUUUUUCUUGUAGUAUUUGAACUUUAGUGCGAUGCGGAAAUACAGAGAUAUAUGGAGGUGUGGUCACUGGAGUGCACCGAUGGUAUUUUUAACGGACAAAGGAUGGGCAGUGGAGGCCGUGGCUGCCAGACAUAGCUCAGCGGGGGCUGAUUUAGAUGUAACUGGGGGAAAGAGAGGAAGAUAAAGAUGUAAUUCAGAAACUUGAGGGUUUGAAUUCUCCAAGUUGGUUAUGUGGACACGAACACUCACGCGCACAUACGUACAAAUACACAUGGACAUAGAUACUUGAGGAACACAUGCGACCGCUGGUAGCCACAAACUCCUCUGGCUGCCCCACACACAUUCAUGUCCUGUCAGCAAAGAGACUGAGGUUGAUGUUUAUUUAGGCUCUCAUGCAUAGAGCUGCAGUCCAGCUGGGCAGCCAGUAGUUGCUGCUGGGCCCCAUCAUUCCCCCUUAGAGCGUAUCCUAGAGCUGUAUGACUGGUGGUCAUAUGUCCCAAAAUAUACCAAAGUAUAACAAACAUAAAACUUUUAAGAUGAAUAUAAUUGCAUUAUCUUGUUAAACUAAUCAUGUCUAUUAACAUUUCAGACGAGCAGGACUGAUCAUGUUUGCUGCCUAGCUCCAACAUUAACACUGUAAUUUUAUUAUUAGCCACAGUGACAAACAGCAGCUAAUGUGGCUGUUGAGAAAUUGCUAAUAGCUAAAUGGCUAAUGGUAGCAUGUGUGCUGGCCAAAUUAAGAUUAAUGAUAACUGUGAAUUGUAAUAUUUCAAUUCCUCAUAAAUUGUUAUUCAGUGCUGUGAAUGUCAGUCAUUUCAGCUGCUAGUGAGGGAAGGGGCAUAUGGCGAAUAUGGCGCUGUUGCUAUCAAUACUGUUUUAAAUGACUAUCUAAUCUGAUAGCAAUUUUUAAUAUUGCUUAGUAUCUGAGUAUUCACCUAAAUUCUUAAUCUUUAGCAUCAAUAACAGUCUUGCUAGUUUUUUUAAUUCAGGUGUUUUUAAGGCAUAUUAAAAAAAAGAAAAAGUCAUUUGUAAAAUAUGAUCAUGGUGAAUGCGAUGAUCAAAAGAUUAUUUAUCUUCAAAUAAAUAUAUUUACUGUUGGCUCGUCUGAGUAUGAAGGCACAAGUUGCUAGGUUUUGCUCUUAAGGACUUAUUUAUACAUUUUCUGGAAAUAACCAUCACCGUUAUUUAAUUUUCUUUCAUCCUGUUUGGUUUUUAUUAUGAAUGACUCAGCAUCAGCUUGUGACUUCAUUAUUAGUUUGAACAAAGGAGCUUUCAGGAUGCAAAAAUGAAAGCAAAUUUCCUGUAAGCUGGAGUUGUACAAAUAUUUUAUUAUUCCACUUAAGUAGGUUCCAUAGUGUGUCCACACUGUAUAUUCAUGGCUUAAGGAAAGAAAGAAUUCCUUGACUAUGUAUUCACCUGAAUGCACUUCCAGCAGAGGUGUGCUCUGCUACAGCUGGCCUAAUGCAAAUGUACCAAGUACGGCAUCAACAACUUAUCCACGACCUAACUUUACCCUUAAAUACCUCCUAGGUAACGUCAGACGACUCUGCUUAUUGCACGAUUAUGCCAUUUUACACCUUAUAACUAACCCCACACAUUGAGUAUUUUAUGAGGGUAAUACAACCAGUAAACCUGGAAAAUGUGAUCUGUAUUGCGUCUGAGUUUAGUGAGCGGAGAAGUGAGCACAAAGGCCAUAGAGGCAGCUCUAAAUGCUCCCCAGCCUUGUAACACAAGCCUGACUCUGCAGAAACCCCGUGAUAACUGCCACAACUGGCACACUCAUGAACACUGCAGCGAGAAAACACAAAGCACGUGACCUGGCCUGACCUGUGUGGGUGUGUUGCCUUAAUAGUAGUUGUUGUGGGUUUAGCCAAUAGCCAUAUAUGGCAUUGGUUUUGACUAGUAAAACAUCAUCUUUGCUGACCUUUUUUGUCCCUUCAACACACCACUAAUCUACAGUAGCUUGGUGAAGUCACAGGCUAAUGUAAAAAGUAUUCUUUGGAAGAGGAUGAAGAACAUGUGAGGAGUUUCUUGUAGUCUGCUGACACUAGAGCUUGCGGGUUUCAUGUUUUGCCAACAUGUUCAGUCAGCUGAUGUCUGGCUUACACCAUGUCUUUCUGACUCACAGCAUCUGGUGUCUGCUGUCACUCUAGAGCGCACAAGCAUUGAACGAUGUAUGUGAUUUACCAGGUAUACAGUACUGUGCAAAAGUCUUGAUCCAUUGUUCAUAUCUUUAUAUUUUGCUAGGAAAUGGAAACUAGCAGUGCAAACAUACAUGAAAAGACGGUAAGUGGGGCAAAACCAGAAUUUUUUUCAUUUCGGACAAGCUUGAAAGUCAGUUUGGCACGACCAUCUUUAUUCUUCAACACAGAACAACCUCUCUUAGGCAGACUUUCUUCUAAUGUCUUCAAGUAGUCUUCAGGACUCCAGACUUUUGGAAGGACAUUCAAAGCUCUUGUUUGGAUGUUGGCUGCCUUUUGUACCGUUUUCCGUCAAGAUGGUCCCACAGCUCUCUGGGGAGGCCAAUCCGUGAUAGAUAAACAUCGACACACACAUCUGAGCACACAUGAAGAAAAGGUGUUACAUUUUCUGUUAAAGUUCUCAUAGUUUCUAUGACUUUUCUUUCCCCCUUUUGCCUUUGGUUUCGUUCCCUCUCACCAGUCACAGAUGUUUCAACAACUCAAAGAAAACAAUCAAGCACUUUCACUGGGUAUGUCUGGCACUGUCAGUGUCUUUUCCCUCUUUCCUUUGUCAUAUUCCCACAUUUCUGAGCCAUUAAAGUGUUUAAUGGUCAAGCCAGAAGUGCUGUUGUCCUAUAGACUUUUCUAGAACCCCCUAGUGGCUAGAAUGCAGGUUUAAGGCACUAGACCCAUGUUAUGUACAUCUACCUUUUAUUACCAUAAGAGGCUACAGAGUGUCUCUUUGUGAAAAAAUUGUAACUUCUAAAAGAUGGACAUCUCAUGGAGGUCUGAAAACUGAAGCCAAAGUACAAGGGUCUUCAAAAAAAACAAAACCCUGAAACCCAACUCUACAAGAGUCUGUGAGGAAACAAACCCCAUAGACCUUUGUAUGGUCUAUGUUUUUGUUUUUUUUGCUAUUUUUAAAUCUUUCUAAUGUGCACUCUGUAAAUGACGGUCUUAUUUAAAGUCAAAUCAACAAUGAAGCGGGUGUAUUCUUUAGGGCGAGUCUGACUUGUGAUUGAGAAGUACCUUUUGAGCCUGUCAAGCACAAACACAUUCAGUUUAAAAAAAGAACAUGACCACAAUGCUUAAUUCAAGGUUUCAAGUGUUGGCAGCAACCAUCUUUUGUAUACAAUCCGUAGAAGAAAUAUGAAUUUUGACUUUGGGAAUGCUUGGUUUACGCUAUAUUCAAAGUAUUCAAAAGCAAUCAACUGAACUGCCACAAGCUUCAGCUGUAAACAUUGUUUUUCUGCCCAGAAUAUGUCAUAUUACCGAAGCUGCAUGCCACAUAAUCAGAAUGUGUUUAAAGGAAAAGUCAAUUGCUACUUAAACUCUAGAGCCUUUAAUUUAUCCGAUGCAAGAUAAAAAGAAAAAAAUAAAACAGAGAGAAACAGCCUUUUUUUUUAAUUAAAAAGCAAGAUUAUUAAAGAAAACCAUGAAUAAACAGGAGUCAUUACAGCAACUGAUGUGGCACUUAUAAAGUGUCUUAAACUAGAUAUUAAGAAAGCACCCAGUCUGCCAGGCGAAAUGCACUUAAGCAAAGCUAAACUUCACUAACCCACAAAUUUGCCCGGUUACAGUCAGAAGUGAAAAAGAGCGAAAACGCCUUUGUUCUUUCACUGUGUCGCUUAAAACUGUAAAAAGAAAAAGAAUCCUUUAUGCCGCAAAACUUUGUAUCUGAGACCAACAUCCAUGACCGAGGCAAAUUAAGAGCAUUGUCAGAGCUCAGCCAUUAUGUUUUUCCCCUCAGUGCUGCAGUGUUUUCUAUCCAAAGCUAUUCACUGUGGCUGGUACCAAAAAAGCCCCUUAAAUUAAAACAGAAGGAGAAAAAAAAAGUAGCAAAGCGGAAGCUGGACUGUGAGCCAGCCAGACGCUUUGAUCCCACUAAAGACAGCUUAGUAAACAUGGCGGGGAAGAAGCAAGAUACAGACAGAGAUAGCACAGGUGACUUGAUAGACCUUACAGUUAGCGCUCACUGGGUCAGGUUAACUCUUUUGUAACCUCUGAGGCAUUCAACAGCUCUGUUUGCACAUGUCUGUAUAUGCGUAAUGAUCUGUUAACCCAAACACAAGAUAAACCCAAACGGUGAUAAUACUGUGCAUUGUUUCUGUGUUGUAGUUUGUAGGGCAUUGAUUAGGCCCAGAAUCAGAGGGAAACAUACACAUAGUCACUACUUCAGAAAGAUUCUUCAUGUGAAACAAAGCAUUACCUCAGAGGUAUGUAAGACUGUGUAUUGACUGUUUUAUUACUAGAUUCUAGUAAUGAUUAAUGGUAAUCCUUUUCUCUAUAUGAUGUUUUGCCCAUUUAGCUUCAUUGUUCAGACUUUUACAUUACAAGUUUAUCCUAAACCAGAUUUUUAUACCAGUUUCAUACAAAUUGGUGACAUAAAAGUCGUGACUGUUCGAUUUAGUUAUAAGGGGUUUUUCUGAUGAGCAUUUUGGGGUCUGUCGCUCCGCUGCCACUUAUGUCCCUGUAACUGUUCCAGCCCCCAAACAUAUGAAGCUCUUUCCAGAGUGAAGGAAUGUUUUGCAUUUAGCUGCGGGCUGUUUACCUCCUUUACAAAUGAAGGAAAAUCGAAGCAUGCAGUGAAGUUAACAUUCAUACAGUCACACAUUUGCAUGGUUGUAAAGACAAAUUCAGAUAAAAUAUACAAAACUGUACACACUAACACAAACGUCUGCCCCCUUCCUGUGGUCUUUUUGCUUGGUGUUCACAAAUGAGCAACUGCUUCUUUGUUGGGCUGGAAACUGCAAAAUAAGCAAAGCUCCGGACGAGAAUUUGCUGCCAACUUUGUCGGCUUCACACAUUCGUUAAACGGUGCACACUACUGUUUUCGUGUCAUUGUGUGCCCAUGGCAAAAACUACUCUCUGCUUUUUCUGUGAGAUCCAUACUUCUUGUUUUCAUUUGUGUGAGGAGUGUUGAAUCAGAUGUGUUGGGGGGGGGAGCAGGCUAAUGCUUUCCAGUCUGUGGCUGGUUUCAGUUUUCUUUCUGUGGUGGACAAAGACAGAGAAGAAGAGAGAGAAGGCAGAAUAUUUGUGAACGGAGGGGGCAGUCUUGGGUGGGGGGAUUCAAAGAGAGUAAUUCCCAGGAUAUCUUAAGCUGGAAAUAAAGUGUAAAUUCAAAUGUUUACAAGAAACAAAUUAAAAUUCAAAUGUAUUUUCUAGUUAAUGCAUAUUUACUUUCAUAUUUUUUGGUUUGCUAGUAUUUUGAGAAUAUGAUUAUCAUAUCUUGUCAAGUUUUUGUCCAGUACUAUGUAAAACUACAUCCAAAAGUCUUCAGUCACCCAUCAUUUCUUUAUAUUUUCCUUCCAAAGAGCCAGGCUGUCAAGGUCUUUCAAAGUUGCCCUUGGACAUUGGUUGCUUUUCCCCUCAUUUUUUGUCAACGAAAGAGCUUUUAGCCAAAAACUUGGCAUAGUGUUAGCCUGAAUAGAAAAACACACAAUGGAUCGCUAUCAGUCAUGGAUUGGCCUCCCCAGAGCCUGCAUCUCAACGUUACUGAAGCAGUGUUGGGUCAUCUUGACUUGACAGAGAACAGAACAAAAACAAGCCAACAUGCAAUGACGAGCUUUGAAUGUCCUUCAAGAAGGACAUUAGAUUUCUUAAGAAGCAAAUGCAUGCCCCACAGUUCUUAGAGUUCAAAGAUGCACCCAAGGAUUUAGAGAUAUUAUUAUCAGUUAAGUUUAAAGAGAAGUUUUUCUUAAACACACUCAUUAUAUCGGUUUCUGUCAAAAGGAUCUUUUUUCUAAAGAUCAUGAAUCUUCUAAUGUUUCUCCUGAGAAGUUAUGAAUGAGCACAGUGAUCUGCUUUCCAAAUCUCAGCAACAAGCUGCUUAGUUGGUACAACUUCCUGUCAGGAAACCAAAAUAAUGGGAAAAAAUGCUUUCAUGUUACACAAAUGAUCAGUAUGGACAAACCGCUGACUGCUGACAAAUCUAUCUUGUCUAAUGGAACGUAUGAUCUUACUGCCCAGCCCUGCAGCCGUGCAUGUCUGUUUACAUGCAGCCUGGAGCCGCAUGUUCCAUCUCUGGCACACCGCAUUCCCAGUUUUCCAGCCUAAGUUGAAUGAAAUUUUCAGCUCAUUCCCUGGAGCCUCACUCAAACUUUUCAUUGCUUCUCUUACUUUCUCUCAUUCUCAGACAGCCCUCCUCCUCUCCUGCCUGCUCCUUCCCUCCCCUUUGUACCUCUUCUCUGACUGCUCGCUCACACAGCAGUGGGCUGUGUAGGUGGACACUACACAUGUCCCUUGUCUUUCUCUCCUUCCCUCUCUGAGGCACACACUCUCUCUCUCUCCCUCCCUCACCACCUCAUUCUCUCUCUUGCUCUCUCCUGCUGUCACAUUCCAGUUGUCUAAAGCCAGGUUUAACUUUCUUUCUCACUGAGUGUAGGAAGGAAGGCUAAACCAAAAAGCGCCCAGGCAUUAGCAGAGCCUUAGUCUUUCCGGAUGAGAAGAAGAAAAGACGAGGAAACUCUCUUCAUACUCCAUUUGGCUUAAAAAGGGGGAGUCACCCAAAAGAAGCAUACCUUCUUAAAGGGGCUAUUUUUUUUCCUCCCUCCUUCCUUUCUUUGCCUUUUUUGGGCCAUGCUCUCUCAUUCUGUUUAGACCCACAGCGGACUAUUCACGUGAGCGCUUGUUUUUACGGCAAAGCCAGUUCUAGUUCUUUUGCCGGGACAGAGAGGAGGCGGAUUAGGGGGGGGAGUGUUUGACAGAGACAUACGCUCAAAGAGAAAGCUGCCGCUUGGACCCGCAAAGGAUUUUCCGUUCAGCGAUGUGUGUUCCCAAAGAAGUUGCUCCACGAGCAGGGCCCCAGACCACCAGCCUACCACCCAGCACCCAGCGCCCAUGACCCUAACAUAGUGGGAGACAGCCCUCCUGAGGGGAGCUCAGUCAAAAGCCCUGACACUGUUCCAGAAAGGAAGAAACCCAGGGAGACCAACGCUGACGAGGAAAAGUCUUUUGAAAACGGAAAAGGAGGAGAAGAAAGAGAAGAAAGUCCAUUGCGUCCCCCGGACAUGAAUCCCAUCAUCAACUCAACAUCGAGUGGCAACAUGGCCCUCAUUAGUAACGCAUUGGCAGCCUACACUUACAUAUCAGAUCACCCAGAGAGGGCUGCACUAUUCUUUGUCUGUGGUGUGUGUUUGGGCCUCUUCCUCACCCUCUUCGCCCUGGUAGUACAGAUCUCCUGUCGCACCGACUGCCAGCCCCGCCAGCGGCCUCCCGCCAAGAAACGACCGCGUCCUCCCGACUCAUCCUCCGAUUCCAGCGACUCGGACUCAGACUGGGACACCACCUCAGAUCUGUCGGCGCGGAGACACCGGCGCUUUGAGCGUACGCUCAACAUGAACGUGUUCACGUCGGCGGAGGAGCUGGAAAGAGCGCAGAGGCUUGAGGAAAGGGAGCGAAUCAUCCGGGAGAUCUGGAUGAACGGACAGCCGGACAUCCCAGGGACACGGAGCCUCAAUCGGUAUUACUGAGGACUGCAGAGGGAUGAUUGAUAUGCGCCUUACUUGACUCAAACAAAAAUUUAGAACACACUUGGGUUGGAGUGGAAAGGGACAAGGCCUCGAUGAAGCUUUAUAAGCAUGAAUGCAAAAGCAGCUGGACUCUUACUGAUGAGAAAAGUGGAAGGUACUGCAGACUUUUAAAGAAAGUCCUCCUUCUCUGCUGAUUUGCAUAUUCCUCUGGGUAUCAUAAGCUAUUCCCCUUUUGAGUAAAACAAUAAGCUCCCUUUCUGUAUGGUAAGCUUACCUCUUGGCUGGAGGAAGCAAGAGGUGAAAGGCUGCCCUGCCUUGCCCAUGACCUCCGCAGGCCUUUUUGAAGUGGGGAUUUAUGGGUUAGCUGCCUUAGACAUACAUAGGCCUGCAGAGACUACAUGGUGACUGAAGGACCAAGGCCUCAGACAGGUCUGUUUAUACAGAACCCCAGGCAGCUGGAAGAGACUGUGACACUUACAGCUUUAUGCUCUGUACCCUCCAGUAUUCAAGUGUGAACUUUAGCAGAGGGGUAGCAUAAAGCAAGUGCACUUGACAAUGUAAGAUAAUCUUUCCACAGUGAAUAACCAUGCUGCCUUUUGAGCUUUAUAAAACCAAAAGAUAUUUUUGUGGGAAUUCAUCUCAGCCCUUCUGAAAUAUAUUUUAAAAUAUUUAAUAGUUUAUUAAUGUUGCGUAUUUUUGUUGUCAAGUAUGGUUUAUUAUGAGAUAUUUUUAUACUUGGCGAAGGUUGUCUGGUCUAGCACCUCAGGGAUGCAAUCCUAGUGUUUCUGUGUUUGGUUGAUGUUUGUUUUUUGUUUUUUUGGCUAUUAAGAAGGGGAUCGGCCCAUUUAAACCGCUGUGCCAGCAUUUAAAGAGAAGAACUAGAAAAAUCAUAUAAAGAGCCUCAAAGAGGUUUUAGUGAUUUUUAAACCUUAUUUUUGAUACAGUAUGUUUAACUCACAGUGCAGUGCCUUUUCCAACUGUUACAUCUCUUUGUCAGAAAUGAAGCUGAUGAGUCUCUCUGUAACUGGUCAAAUUAUUUAUUGAUUGGAAAUCAUAAAUUCAUCUCGUUGUAUGCAUAUUCCCUUUGCUGAGGUGGACCAUGUGUAAAAGCUGAAUGUGUCUGUUAAACAUUGCACUUCUCCCCAGAUGUAAAUGUGCAUUACCAGUAAAUGCCAAUUUCUAUCAGUGACUUUGCUACAAAAUAUUUUUAUGGUCUUGUCUCGUGACAGAUGUGUGAAUUUCAGGUCUUGCGCCAUCCGUGUAUUCAUUUCAAAGAUGCUAAACAGAUGCCCGUGGAAACCAGCGCUGCAGAAAGUGGCGAAUUAUGUCGCCACUUUAAUCUUAUAACCAGUUGUCAGUCCAGUUCUGCUCGUGCUUCCCUGACUUCAAGCGUAGAGUUAGUUUUCAUAAAUCAGUUUGGUAUUUUUGUGAGCGUAAUUAAAGAGUAAACAGGACAUAUUAAGGUCAUUUUCACAACACUCCCUCCACCAUACAUACACCCUGCACUUCUCCUGUUUUUUUGUUUUUUUGUUUGUUUUCUAACAAGGAUAUUUGUUGUGUUUAAUUUUGAAUGGGAUUAAAAUGUGCCAAUAACUGGUGAUGUGAGAGACCAAAAUAUGACUCCUGUGCUUGGAAUAAACUGUGUUUAAAAAAAAAUAACAUGUCUUUUUUUUUCCCUUCUGCACUUUCUUCUGAAAAAAACACGCUGCAACUGUGUACACUGACCUAUAUUUUUUAGUUUAAGACUAUAUUGUGAGUGUCAGGAGAAAGAAGACGCUUUAGCCCAAUUCCAGUACUGAGAAUACAGGGAGUUCAUACAUAAUACGGAUUUACACAAGGAGGUCAUAGACAGCAUGAAGGAGAACUUGUAAGCCAGCGGCUCAGUGGAUCUGUAAGAUUUGUUAUUGAGCGCCACCUUGUGAUGAAGAUAGAUCUCUACAGUGUGUUUUAAUGCAGCACAUAAGGAGUGAAGUUAUGACUGCAAAUCACUUUGGCUAGCUAUACAAAGUCAGCACAACUAUAUA